GGGCAAAACCUGCGCCUGUCGCUGUCAACUCACAUACAGACGUCGAGUUGCACACCUCAGGAUGUAAGUGGACACGGUACAGGUGACCGCUGACGAUUGUGAGGGUGGGCGGAGGGGAGACCCACCGACAGUUGGAUAGAGACCAAAAAGCUUGCGUGACGUCAUAGAUGAAGAACGAAUGCAAGGGCAUGUUGGACACUACCCAUUCACAAGGAGCAAUCGUGUCAUCAAUAUUUACACCAGGUUUUGUCGGACGGUUUUUCUUUUCUGCUUUGUUUCUGCAUUUUCUACUAACGUAUAAGGUUGAGGGGAAAAAAGAAACUUACGUUAAUUAAAGAUCCUUAUACUGUAAGAUGGUUCACUCCGCGCUAAUUCUCAGGUGGCGCUUUUUAUCGCUUUUGGGGUUUUCCUUCGUUUUUUCACGAAGAAAAGUUUAAAUCUUUCAGUUUAAAAAAAAACAAUUUUAAUAUUACAUGUAUAAUUUCGUACUUCGAUCUGUGGUUCAUUCCGCUACGUUCUUAUUAACUAGGGCAUUGUGGCUUUUCAUUCCCAAUAAAAGUUAAUAAGUCAUCGAAAACGACUGACCUUUCUUCCCCGAAGACAAAAGAGCGACAAAAAACAACAAUUUGCUUCGGCUGAUCGUCAAUUCUUUUGUCUCAGUACUUAGUCUUAUAAGUAACUUUUUUGGGGUAUACGUAAUGGCUACUAUACACAAGUCUCACAAUACUCGUGGAGCUUAGUUUAGAACAGACUAGAUCUAGGUGCCAACAGACGCAAAGUGUGGAAACUAUCUGAGCAGUCACUGUUGAAUGUGAGUAACGCGCUCAAGUCCCCCUUUACUCUGUUCAUCACUCUAGUGACUACUAAUAUAAAAGAGCAGUGCACAGUGGCGUCGGUAAUAAAUUAAUGGUUAAAUUAGGUCCCACAACUGCUUCACUUGUUGCUACAUUCAUCUUAAUUUCAAAGUAAAAGUUCAACCACUAUUUUUUUGGGCCCGAAACUACGUUGAAGGUGUACUAACAAUGUUGCAUGCCUUUAUAAAUCCUAUACAAUGUGCUACUAAAGUCAACUGUCCACCAAGUCCGCGCUUUUUCCCAGAUAGUGCCGUCGGCGAGUUUGACUAUCAUCGUUAUCAUGGCUAUUAUUUUUAACUAUUACCUGUAAUAUGUAAAAGCAAUAUAAUUUUAUAUUCCCCCCUCCCUCUAUCUCUUUACCGGAAUGAAAUAUAU